GCUGUUCCUGUAGGAAUGAUGCUUCCCUUUGCCUUACUCCUUGUCAUAAUGCUUUCAGGGGUGGGAACCAAUGUCACCAAGGCUCCUUCGAAAUGGACCUUUAGUGUGGAAUGCUAUGAGUGUGAACUCAUAAACACCUUCCGUUGUUCAAAAAUCAAAACAUGUGAAUAUGACAUUAGACGGUGUAUGACAGUCUCCAUUCGUGUGAGCCCUCGUGAACUACUCGUUUUCAAGAAUUGUACUUGGAAUUGCACAUUUGUAUACGCAGCCUUGCAGCCAGCUGAAACCCCAAGACAAGCCCUGAAAACUAAUAGUUUCUACUUUACUCAUUGUUGCAGUGGCAUGCGUUGCAAUCUAGGAGGACCUACUAAUGUAGAGAGGGACAUAUCUGAGGAUACUCCAAUUGAGUAUGAACUAGAUGGGAGUGUACGUUUGAUGGCAUCAGCAUUUUUCCUGAUUUCUACCUUCAUUAUAACCAGCAAUACACUGACUAGGGCACCUCUCCUUGGAGGAGUCUGUUAGCCUUCCCUUUCCUCAGAUCAGUUUUAUGCUCUGUUGUCCCCUUGAGACAUUGCCAGUAUCCCAGCUGACCAUUUAUGGACCAUUGUAAGUGCAGAAUAAAGUCAUUAUUGAAAACA